GUUUAAUCAUGUCCAGCACCGCAGGCCUCCUUACUGAAGCACAAUCACUGUCAAAGACAGACCCAAAACGCGCCGAACAAAUUUUCAGGGAUAUUCUCAAUGCCUCAGGGAAUGACGCUGUGGCUGGUACGGACGAUGCGUCCAAGGAUCAGGCGUUGAGGAACCAGGAGACCGCGCUCGUUAAGCUAGGAGAACUUUAUAGAGAUCAGAAGAACCCACAGGGACUGGCGGAAGUCAUCACACUCUCCCGGGCCUUUAUGUCUUCCACAGCGAAGGCAAAGACAGCCAAACUCAUUCGCACUCUCCUCGACUUCUUCAAUCCUAUCCCGGACAGCCAGAACAUUCAAAUCGCCGUACUAACUGAUAAUAUCGACUGGGCCAAGCGCGAGAAGCGGAUAUUCUUGAAGCAAUCGCUGGAGACAAGACUUAUUGGAAUCCAACUCGACAUCGGUCAAUACAAGCCAGCGCUCGCACUCAUUGAUAGCCUCCUCACCGAACUCAAACGCCUCGACGACAAGAUGAUCCUUACCGAAGUCCACCUCCUCGAAUCCCGCGUCCACCGGGGAACAGGAAACUUUCCCAAAGCUAAGGCCGCCCUCACCUCCUCCCGCACCGCUGCAAACUCGAUCUACUGCCCACCCCAUCUCCAAGCCGCCCUCGACCUCCAAUCUGGAAUUCUUCACGCGGAGGACAAAGACUACACGACUGCGUACUCAUACUUCUUCGAGACAUUCGAGAACAUGAGCGCGCAAGAUGAUCCUGGAGCCCUGAACGCGUUGAAGUAUAUGUUAUUGUGUAAAGUCAUGUUGAACCUCCCAGAGGACGUGACUUCUCUACUUUCGAUCAAGCUGGCCCUGAAGUACGCACAACUUAGAGAUGUCGAGAGCAUGCGUGCGGUUGCACGGGCACACCAGAACCGUGACCUUGCAGACUUUGAAAAGGCACUCCGAGAUUACCGGGAAGAACUUUCCUCAGACCCGACCAUCCGUUCACAUCUCGCAGCGCUGUACGACACUCUUCUUGAACAGAACUUGCUCCGGAUAGUCGAGCCCUACUCAGUGGUGGAGAUUGAAUACGUGGCGCAGAGGGUCGGACAGGGCAGGCAGGAUGUCGAGGCGAAGCUGUCGCAGAUGAUCCUGGACAAAGUCUUCCACGGCGUUCUCGAUCAAGGACGGGGAUGCCUCCUAGUCUUCGAUGAAACGGAAGGCGACAACACGUACGGUGCUGCCAUUGAUACUCUAGAACAAGUAAGCAAGGUAGUGGAGUCGCUCUACGCGAAGACUGUGAAGAUAGCAUAGGUAUAGAUCUGGUGGUUGGGGAUGUAUCCUUGCCUGCGCAUUUGUGUAUUGUAUCGAUGCAAGAAAUCGAUUCAUC